AUGAGUGCCCAGGCAGCAGCGCGAACGCCGCGCUUAGCGACGGCGGCGGGCCGUAGUGUGCGUCGAACGAAGCCAGCACCCACCCUCAAGCCGCUUCCGCGCGACGAGAAGGGCGUCCCCAUCCCCCACGUCAAUGUCAUCGUCCGCGACACCCACCGGAGUCGUCUCGCAGACCACUACUUCCACACGCUGCAGGACGACAUGAUGUACAUGACGUACGUGCACGAACCCACCGCGCGCCAGCCACCCCGCCCCGCCCGUCUCGCGUACAACCCGAAGGACCCGUACACGAAGCAUCGGUUCAACCCGCCCCUCGGUGGCAACCGCUGGCCGAAGCAGCCACCACCGCCCUCGGCGCCGGACAACAUCAUCCAGCUGGAGCGCAUCCAAAUUCACGCGAUGAUCAAGACCGCGACGGCCAGCCGUGUCAACUUGCUCGGGCCCAUCAUGGCUCUCCGUGCAAUCUCGGGCGCAAACGAGGGAGCUGGAGGGCAGCAUACGGCAGAGGGUAUCGAGCUGGUGAAGGGCAGGAAGAACUUGCAGGGCUGGGUGCGUCCCGGCAUCCCCGUCGGCGUGAAGGUCGACCUCCGGGGCCCGCAGAUGUACGACUUCCUGAGCGUCCUCGUCGAGUUCGUGCUCCCCCGUCUGCGCGAGUUCCAGGGCGUCGUCAUGGAGGGCCCCUCGAACCGCCUCGACAAGAUGAGCUCGGCGUCCGGGGUGGUGUCGUUCGGUCUGCCGCCAGCCGCGCUCGGUCUGUUCCCGCAGAUCGAGGUCAACUUCGACGCGUAUCCCGCAACGUUCGGUAUGCAUAUCCACUGCAUGACGAAUGCGAAGGGUGUGGGGGCCCAAAAUCGCGCGCGAGCGCUGUUGUCGGGGUUCCAGAUCCCCUUCGCCCGCUCAUAGGACGGUUAGAUGUAGCAUUACACUCGACUAAUUCACAUGAAUAUCAUCAUGCAUAGCAGACGGUGCC